AUGACCAUCGUCCUGCCUGCCCAGCUGCGCACGCUGCCGCCCGCGGUGCAGCCCAGCCGCGACCCGUACCAGGCCGUCGAGGCGGCCGUGGCGCGCACGCUCAGCGACGAGCCCGUGUACUACGACGGCGGCGUCACGACGCUGCGCGAGCUGCUCGACCGCGGCAUCCCGACCAUCCUGCCGCACCCCAUCACGGGUGCUGCCGGCGCCAUCUUUGCCGAGAGCCUCGACGUGCCGUUCAUGCUGCACGGCGUGUGCAUGACGCCGCGCGAGCUGUGCGCACAGGGCGUGCAGUACACACACUCGCCCGCCGCACCCAAGCGCUCGUGCGGCGGCAGCAGCGACAAAGACGCCGUCUUCGUCAUUGCUGGCCGUCGCCAGCCCGUCACGCUCAACGAGCUCUUCGACUACUGCGUCGAGAACGCGCGCCACAUCCUCGCGCCGCCGAGCCCCGCGCGCCACGCCAACGGCGUCGUGCUGCACCCGAUCUUCGACCACAUGGCGCAGUCGAUGAGCAAGCGCCAGCGCCGCUCGUGGCAGGACCUCUGCGAGGCGCACGUGUUCUCCUCGCCGCGGCGCACCACGCGUGCCCUCGCCUCGGACGGCUCGCGCUCCCUCGGCUCGGACGGCUCGCGCAGCUCCCUUGGCUCGCUGCGCGAGGAGCACGGGAUCGCCGCCUGA